UUUUUUUUUUGAAAAUUAGGGCUUCUUUCUGUCUGGAGAAUUUUUUAAGUUCUCCAAAUAGAAAAGAUAUCGACAAUUUCUCUGAUUCGCUUACUAACUGUUUGGUGAUUUUCUCUCUCUCUAUGCUUCAUUCUCUCUAUGCUUCAUGUAUGUUGGACUGUCGCUCUCUCUCUUUCUGCUUCAUAGUUCUUGGGCGAGAAGUUAACAACCCUCGUCCGUUUUCCCUCAUCGGAGGUAGGUUUUUUUCUGAUAGUCCAUCCAAGACAGCCUUGGGAUACCGCGUUUAGUGCUUCCCGUCAUCCCAUGCUUCGACUCCGCAACCUGCAGCGGUGUAGAUGCCUCUCGGUUUAGUCGGCCGGUCGUUCAGAUUUUUGUUUAUUUUGGUGAAAGAAGCUGUUAGAUACUAAUUCUGUGUAUUUUGGCAAUGAAUCGUCUUUUUUCGAAAGCUAUUUCUCUUGAUUUCCUGUCUGUGAAUAAACGGGUUCAGUUUUUAGGACCACCCUCGUCAUCGACACAGCCAAUUGUUGUGUUUUCUUGUGGGAGUUAUUAUUUUUCUUACCCACAAAAGAGAAUGUAGAAAAGAUGGAGUUCUUUUAAGUAUUUGGUAGGACAGAUGCGAAGAUCUGGUGAGUUUUUUCACCCCCUCUUAACUUAAACUGUAGCUCGGAACUAUACAUUCUGACAUUUAAGAAAGUUGCCGCUUUGUGGCUUUAGUUCCCUUUAUCUAUUCGUUUUGGGGAGAUCAAAGUGGGUGUUGUAAAGUUCCUUUGGAAUUGAUCCUAGAGUACUCUGACGAAGAUUUUAGGAUUUGGGUUAUCUAUUUUCUUGAGAAAUGAGCGGAAAGGAGAUCAGGAAAGUUGGUGGGCACCACUCUGUGAAAGCUUUCGGUGAUCGCCGAUGGCUUGUUCCUUUCACUGCAACCUCGAUGAUCACGAUUGUUCUGUUCUUGGUCGCCGUAUUGGAGCUUUUUUCUGAUCCGGAUGGUGGGAAUUCGCUGUCUCUUGAUCUCGUAACAUUCAACAGAAGAGAGGAUUACAGUGGGUAUUUCGUCGAGCCUGAACUAGUUAAGCCAUUGUCCACGAGACGUGCCUUCGAAGCGCCAAGAAUCGCCUAUCUUGUCUCUGGAACGAAAGGUGAUGGGCAGCGGAUGAAGAGGAUUUUGCAGGCUAUUUACCAUCCAAGGAAUCAAUAUGUUGUACAUUUGGAUCUUGAAGCUCCUCCUAGAGAGCGUCUCGAGCUGACCAUGUUUGUUAAGGGAGAAGCCGUGUUUCAGGAAGUGGAGAAUGUGCACAUGAUCGCUACCUCGAACUUGGUGACAUACAAGGGGCCUACAAUGAUUGCUUGCACCCUUCAUGCUAUAGCAGUUUUGCUGAAGGAGGGCAAGGAGUGGGAUUGGUUCAUAAAUCUUAGCGCUUCAGACUACCCUCUUGUUCCACAAGAUGAUCUACUUCAUGCUUUGUCUAAGAUGCCAAGGGAUCUUAACUUCAUCGAGAACACACUUCAGAAUGGUUGGAAAGAGAAUCAGAGAGCAAAACCUAUUAUUGUUGACCCUGGUCUGUACCUCUCCAAAAAAUCUGAAGUAUUUUGGACGUCUCAGCAUCGACCUCUGCCAACAGCUUUCAAGUUAUUCACUGGAUCUGCUUGGGUUAUGCUCUCUCGGUCCUUUCUUGAAUUUUGUAUAUGGGGUUGGGACAACCUUCCACGUACAAUUCUGAUGUACUACACAAACUACAUCUCCUCACCAGAAGGUUAUUUUCAUACUGUCAUAUGCAACUCAAAGGAGUUCUGCAGUACCACAGUAAACCAUGACCUGCAUUACAUUGCAUGGGACAAUCCUCCCAAACAACACCCUCUUAUCCUGUCGGUCAAGAACUUUGAUCUGAUGGUAAAAAGUGGUGCACCAUUUGCUCGCAAAUUUGCUAAAGAUGACCAAGUUUUGGAUAAGAUUGAUAAUGAUCUCUUGGGUCGGAAAAACGGUCGUUUUACACCUGGAGCAUGGUGUAUUGGAAGUUCACAAGAUGGAGCUGAUCCUUGCAUUGUGAAGGGUCGUGAUUCGGAGUUCAGAGUUGGUGCGCGAAGCAAGAGUGUGGAAGAUCUGCUUCAUGGCCUCUUAUCAACAAACGCUAGCAGAAAUGGAUGUUGUCAUGCAGGUGUAACAUGAGAGUCAGAGCAGAGGCGUGGAUGUAAGACAUCAAGGGGUUCAACCUCUGGUACAUCUGGGAUUGAUGUCUCUCCUUCUGCUGAUCGAUUGUCUUCUUUCUUAGAUCUGCUCUACCGUCAGUUAGUGGGAAGCCAUCUCAGAGGACAUAACUUGGUGCCAGGUUUCUUUACUACCUUGUUUUUGUCUCAAACGUAUUUGCUGCUUUUGCAGCACACCCUGUAAUCUAUAUGUACUUAACAAUGUCAUAAAUGAUUCAUUUUACAAAUGAACAAUGUUUCUAUGCAUUUGUGGUA